AUGAGCCAGAUAGGUGUUGGUGAUAUCAUCACUGCAGUCAAACUUGUCUGGACGGUCUAUGAAAGCGUGAAAGAUGGACCUUCAGGUGCGGCAGGCGACUUUAACUCUUUUCGCCAAGAGUUUCACGCUAUCAAAGUACUACUGGAAAGGAUACAGCGGGUAAAGGAGUCCACAGCAGGAGAUGCCCGUGGUCUGGGGGCGUUUUACCACCAAACAAUCCAAGAAUGCGCCCAGUUCGUUAAUAAGCACAAAGUACUGGCUCAAGAUAAACCAUCAACAGAUAGCAGCCGUCGUGGGAGUUUAGGCAAAAAGGUCUCAAUCUGGUUUGAGAAGGUCACCUGGCCACUCGAGCGAAGUGAGGCCGAACGGCUUCGACACAAACUUGAGCGCUGUCUGAGCGUGGCAACGCUCAGGUCUACCGAGGAAACACGCGAUGCAACUCUGGGUUUUAUGAGGAUAGCGGAAAAUAACCAGUUAGAAAAUCUGGAGAUGUUAAAAUCGAUCAAGACAAUGACGGCACAGAUCUCGCUCCUCCUGCGGAAAUGCAUUAUCGACGGCCCAAUAGACACCGAAGAGCAUAAUGCACACCACUCAAGCCAACGUGGGCAUCGAUCGAGGCUCGCCGGCCUUAAGCCGGAACACAUACUGAGUGGAAUCCCGGAAGACGACGAAAUGCCUUCACUUGACAGUCAAAGGUACCAAAGGGUUCUAGAUCGCAUACGUGAGAUCUCCGAGAGACUGGGAAACCUUACUCGGCGACUUGAUACACAUGGUCUACCCGUAGGCCCGCCUCAGCCUUCCAAUCCCAGGUCUACGUUGAAUUCUGACGCGGCAAUUGCUGAGACACCAACCAUUGAUGCAAUGGUUCUCUUCCUUCAUCAGGUUAGUGAUGAUGUGCGCGAUGCACUAGAGAUGGUUGGUUAUGGGCACGAGCUGGUCCCGAACUAUGGCCGGUCUGAGAGAGAUCAAGCGGUGAUUAAGCCUGCUCGGUCGAUCAACGACACUGCAGAGGAAUGGGAGCAGUUCCGGCAUUGGCUGGACUUCCAGCUGGUACACGCCUUUAAUACAAAUUCUAUUGAUAUCAAACCACUCCAUCCAUCACCACCACAGCUGUUGGAUCUCUCUCCAUCACCCGAGUGCCUCUCACCAUCGAUUCCAAUUACCCGUACACGCUCAAUGGAGUCCGAUCUCUCAAUUGGCUCUCCAAUGUCAACCAUCUCUCUACCGAUACCAGAUAGGAAGGUUUUACUUACAAACCACCCAGUUCAAGUGGAAUUUCCGGACCCGAAUAUUCCCAACCGCGCGCUUUUCCGCACAUUGAUAUGUACAGUGGUGGCUUGUUUGAAUACCCAAACACAUGAACCAGAGGCGAUUGAAGCAGUCGAUAUCAACGGAGGAGUCAAAGUCACCCAGACCAUCAUCCGCGGGUCCACCACCGUCAAGAGCUCUAUGCUGCCUUACGUACCGAGCAGCCGAGUCACCGCGCCGUUUUCUGAUUCCUGCCCAAUCUGGUUUCAGGGUUCGCAUAAAGCGAAGAUUGAAGAUAAUCAGUCCACCGUUAGAUACAGUAUCUCGCCCAUUUAUAAAUGCCGUGACCGCAGUGAUUUUGAGAGCUUUCAGAGGGUCCUUCUUCGAAGAAAGACCGUGGCCUGCUUUGACGUGAGGAAGAUCUCCGUGGGAUCGGAUUACUACUCCAACUCAGAAGAGACAGUCCGCGUCCUCGAAGACCCUAUCACGAAAGCACUCUCAUUGUUAUUCUUUGCUUCCUUCCCGGGAACGUCUCGUCGAGCAAGAUUUGUCGAUAUACCAUUAAAUGACUUGGCCAUACCUAGUCGUAAAUCAAAACUGGUCAAACUUCCAUUCCAGGCUGCUUCACGCCGCGAUUCCAUGGAUAGCGUCGCCAGUGGCCUUUCCCAGGAGUCCCGCCAGUCUACUUUAACAUCAUUAGGGUCGAACUCACGGAGUAAGUACCUGGAGCUUGAGUUCUAUGAGGAAAGAGACUGUGCAGCAUUCGUCCGAAAGCUCAGCCAUGCUGAUGGGACUUGA